CGAAGAAGUAGAUUGGGAUGAUCUCGACGAGUGGAGAGGUGGAGAAGGCUCUCUGGUGGCGAAAGACGAAGAUGUUCUCAGUUUGGCAGGAGCAGAAGGUGAAGUCGAGGGCGAAACCGCAGAAGAUCAAGCAAAAGAAAAGUCCCCUCGUAAAGCCGAAAACAAACCUCCAACCGGACCACCUCGAGCCCCUCCCACGGGCCCUAGAAGAUCGUUGGCAAGAAACCCCAAUCAAGUUGAACCUCCUACUGGUCCGCGUAUGUCAAACGACAAGACUCAUAUCGCGCCGACAGGACGUUACACUCCGAGAAACGGGGCGAACGGGAACCGAGGAGAUGACAGAGGGUUCAAAUCACAGGUCUCUUCGAAUAACCAAAAUUAUCACAAUAACCAGAACACGUCAAAUAGUCCGAACAUUACAAACAAUCCCGCAGCUCCUAUAUCUGAUAAAGGUCAGGAUAAGAUAGAAGAUGACGAUUUACCUGAAGGUUGGACAAAAGUCAUGUCCAACACCCACAAGAUCCCAUUUUAUUAUCACAAGACUACCAAGACUACCGUUUGGGUCAAACCGACGGCUGAUACUUUGACAGAAGAUCGUCCACCUUCUCCACCUGCUCCACCUCCAAACGAUACGCAGGUGAAAGAACAAAAUCAAGUAACCACUGUUGAGAAGACCGAAUCAAGUCCAGUGACUCCAGCUAAUGUUGACGAGGUUGCUUCUGCUUAUGCGAACCGUAAGGUCGUCCAGUCUGCUCAAGGUCAGAAUGGUGAACAGGCGAUGCGUCCUCCUCCACCUACGGGACCUUCUAACUGGAGAC